CCCUCGAUUGCGUCAGAGGAAUCUGAUCAAACAGACUCGGAUAUGGAUGGCCCUGUCGCCGAGGAUGACCCUGUAGCCGAGGAUGGCCCCAAUCUUGCAGAUGCCAUCCUCGAUCAGUCUACUGGAAUGACCCUCCGGCCACGUGUACUACCAUCGUACCGCGGAGCCGCGAGCAGCAAUACAGUCAGUCGCAGGCGAGCUCGAGUCGCCCUAGUCAAACCUACGGAGAUCCCGCGGGACUGCUGUCCAGGAGUACCGCCGUGGCUCCGAUUGACAUUGAGCAACUCGCAUUUGUUCGACGGCAAUGCAGCGAAUCAGCUACUCCCUUUCCUGCCACAGCUUUGUCGCAAGCACCUCCAGUUCUACGCCAAACAAGCACGGGACACUGCUUUCGCUAGGAACGCCAACAUGGUUGGGCUUCCAGAUACGUCGAACAAAGCUGCAUCAUAUACUGACACCGGUCCUCCCUCCCGCAGGCGCAGAGCAUCGCUGUCUGAUGUCUUUCCGCCGAAGCGGCUGCGGUUUGACACAUCAGGGGUGUUCCUUAGAACUCCAAGAGUUGCCGGAGACCGGCCCGUUCACGAUCGUAUAGCCAAUAAUGCCUACCAAAUACGAGCAUUGGCCGAACUAGAGCAGUCUAGGCCGUUGCCCGGCUCUCACGGCGACGAGACUAAUCAACUUCUUCGCAAACUGUUAAACAAGGCCCAGCACCCAAAUUCAAGUGAGGCAUUGUUUUGCACCAGCAUUGAAGCAGCGCGUAUUGUCGAGACUCAAUGUUCCGGCGACGCCUUGAUCAUCACCGAGGACCAGCAGCCGUUCGUAUGGGGCAAAGACGCCGGCCGGCCGAUCGAGCAGUUUUUCCGGCGAUUUCGUAUUUCUAGCUUGUCAGUCUCAGUACAGGUUCCUUCUCGCCCCUCUAUAGAGGAAUCCUUUGAAGUCCACGAACUUAGAGAAGUCAAAGAGCGGUUUCUUCGCCGGGAGAGCAUAAGCGACCCUUGGAACGUCCUAGAUUUAUAAUGCCCUCUGCCAUCUAUCCUACUA